AUGCCUCACGGUACUGCGAAGAGCGGUGCGAAAGCACCCGCCAAGACUGCUGCCCGAAAGGCUCACGCCAAGAGCUGUAAGCGUCAUAGCAAAGUCUCGGUACUCGGGAGGCUACUAAGGUCUGGUUCUGAGGACGAGGCCAAGGCCCGGAGCUUCCGCAGUGUGUCUGGGAGCUCCGUGGGAGGGCACACUCCAGUGCCCAGCGAGCACAGCGUUGACAGCCUGCACUCGCUUGCUAGUGAUCACAUUAAUCACGAGUCACAGACGCCUGAGCGCUCUGAGACCCCUGCUGACGAGGCGAAGGGCUCACCCAAUGCUGGCUGCGACGAGGGAGGCAAACCUCCGAUGGUCGGUAAACCGAACCUAAGUGGAGGAGAAUGUAACGAA